UUCAAGUUUCAGGAAGAGUGCAGCACCUGUCCGUGUGUGACUCACAGCAAAGUACAUGAAGUGAAGUACUGUACUGCUCCACGUCAGAGGAAAACAUGCAGAGCUUAAGCCCUCUGAGAGGCCGGGUCCUCUCUGAGGAGCAGUUCAGCUGCUCCAUCUGCCUGGAGGUGUUUGUGGAGCCCGUCUCCACACCCUGCGGCCACAGCUUCUGCAAGGCCUGCUUGCAGGGCUACUGGAACCACAGCAAGAAGUUCAUCUGCCCCAUGUGUAAGAAGAGCUACUCCAAAAAGCCAGAGAUGAGCGUUAACCGGGUCCUGGCUGAAAUCUCCACCCAGUUUCAGGGGCUGGUGGUGGCCGGAGGGGCUGGGGCUGCGUCACGAGGAUCCACGCUGAAUCUAAGCACAGACACAGGCCAUGGGGGUUCUCCGGGACCCGACACUGGGGAGUUCGCCCAGGCUGGGGACGUCCCCUGUGAUGCCUGCAUUGGGAGGAAGUUAAAGGCGCUGAAAUCUUGUGUGAGCUGUCCUGGGUCAUUCUGUGAGACCCACCUCAGACAUCAUAAAAAGGUGAAGACUCUGAUGUCUCAUCGUCUGAUCGAACCCACCUUCCACCUGGAGGACAAGAUCUGUAAGAAACACGAACGUCUCCUGGAGGUUUACUGCCGCACGGACCACACCUGCGUCUGCACAGUCUGCGCCGAAGCCACGCAUAAGUCCCACGACAUUGUUUCCACCGACCAUGAGUUUAAGAAGAAGAUGAGUAAUGUGAGCAAGAAGAGGUCAGAGCUCAAACAUUUGAUAAAAGAGAGAGCCAAGAAACUGGAGGAGAUCAAACAAUCCAUCAAGGUCAUCAAGGCCAGUGCUCAGAAGGAACUGGAGGAGAGCUGGCAGGUGUAUGCGGAGCUGCAGCGCAUGGUGGAGCAGAGUCAGGCGGAGCUGGUGGAGGCGAUCGCCACGAGACAACGUGAUGCUGAGCGUCACGCACAGGAACUGGCCCGAGGUUUGGAGAAUGAACUCAGCCAGCUGAGGAGGAGGAGCAACGAGCUGGAAGCCUUCUCACAGACUCAAGACAAAGUGGUCUUCCUGCAGAACCUGGCGACGCUGGCGCCCCCACCCGAGCCCGCUGAUUGGUCGGCAGUCAGCAUCAACACUGACCUCUACCUGGGAACCAUCCGCUCCUCUGUCAGCGGCCUCAUUGAUAAGUUCCAGGAUGAGCUCAAAAGGCUGUACGGGAAAGAGCUCCGGAAGGUACAGAACUAUUCAAGUGAGGUGAUUUUGGACCCUGCCACCGCCCAGAGGAGCUUGGUUGUGUCUGAUGACGGUCGUCAGGUGAGAUAUGAAGAGCGCAAGACUUCCCACGUAGAGGGUCCAAAGCGCUUCAGCCCUGCCCUCUUUGUCCUGGGCCGAGAGGGCCUCAGCUCUGGGCGACAUUACUGGGAGGUGGACAUGGGGCGCAAGACAGCCUGGACGCUUGGGGUGGCCAGCGCCUCGGCCCGCCGCAAGGGUGAGAUCAAGCUGAGUCCCGAGGGGGGAUACUGGUGCCUGUGGCUUAAGAACGGAGAGGUGAAGGCUUUGGCGUCACCCCGCCUGCCUCUAAUGAUGCAGUCCCAACCCAAUAAAGUGGGAAUUUUCCUGGAUUAUGAAGGAGGACUGAUUUCUUUCUAUGAUGUGAAAUCGCGUCUACAUCUCUACACCUUUGUCGAUACCUUUAAUGAGAGUCUGUACCCAAUCUUCAGCCCCUGCCUCACCCAGGAGGGGAAGAACUCUUCUCCGCUUGUUAUAACCCCUGUUAAACAUGCCUGAGACUGACAGCCAGUCAAAAACCUGGUGAGUCAGCAUAGGCUUUUACAUAACAUACAUAACAUCUGUAGGACAAAAAAAAGUUUGAUGCAAAGUGCAGGUACUUUUUUUUUACAUUUUGAACAGAUUUGGUCCUUUAAUUGGUCUUAAAAUAUGACAUUUUCUUCUCAAUAAGCCAACUUUAUGACAGUUUUACAUGUUUGCAAAGCACUUUACCUCAAACAACUUUCCACGUAAUGAAAUAAAAACAAAGCAAGUAAUUUUGUGUGACAAGUUGUAUAUAACAAUUUAUUCAUACAUACAAUUUAUUUUCAGUUAAACAUAAUUCAUUUGAAAAGCUAAUUUCAGUUUGAUGUUAACACAGUUACUAUAGUAUCUAUUUUUAAAAUAUGUAAUUUCAUUUAUGGUAGUUGUGAAUGUAUAUGAAGACUAUGCAACUAGUGAGUAACACCAAGAAGAGGAAAGCAGAUAGGUAAUACAGAUCCUUGUCUGUGUGGUUUAAUGGUUUGUCGAUCUGUUGGUAAUGCCUCAGGGCUCCAGUAGGGGGAUCACGCUCCUCUUCCUCAUUCAAUACAGACAAGUGAAGGAAAGAGCUGCGUGUGUGUUUUCCUCAUCCUUCUCCCGUUACUAUUCCCCUUUUUAAGGGCACAACAUUUGCAUAUCAAAAUCUCAUAACUUGAACAAGUUAUUGCAUUUGCUCACGGAAAAUCGAGUUCAAUACAGAUCGCUGACCCUCAUAGUGACUGUAUGGAAGUGAUACAGAAGAAACCAAAAUAUAACAUGGAUGGUACUUGGUAUGACUGAUUACAUAGUACAGAUGUAUAGUAUGGUAUAUCAAAAGUAACCAAUAGUUCUCUUAUACUUUAAUUGUACUUUAAUACUGUAAUUGUAUAUAACAUAAACAGAACAGAUAUUUUGGGGUAAAAUCAUGCGAAGGACUAGAGAGGUCUAUUCCAAAAGCAACAUUUGACCUGUGCUUCUUACUUUUUGCAGCCCUGGUUCAGUUGGAUGUGUUAAGGAGAUAGCUGAGUUGAGUAAUGCUGUACUUCUGGCACUUUCCUUACCUUCUUUGUUUAACUGUAACUAUCAUGCUGGGGAGACUUGCCAUGUUAAAGAUAUGAAGUUAAAAAGAUAUAAAUAUAAUGUCUCAAGGUUUAGGCCUGGGCAGCCAAAUGAGAGAUGUUUGCACAUACUGUAGAAUUAUGAAAUUGUUUAUGGGCUUUUUAAAAAAAAAAACUUAAUGUUGAUUCAUGUAGGCCCACCAUACUAUGUUCUGUAUUUUUAUAUAAAAUGUUUGCUUUUGUACCUUCUUUCUGAACUUGUCUAUUAAAGAUAAAUCAAAGUCAAAUACAGAA